AUGGAAUCAGCCAGAAUAUUCGGAGGACGUCUGAUCGAUUGUCCUAUACAAGCGUAUCUCGACGAAGACGGCGACCUUGCGUACCGGGUGCUGCUCGCCAACGGGACUCGGAUCGGAUACAUACUUGAUCCGAUGCCGCUCGAGGAAGCUCAGGCGACGAUACGAGAGCUGUUGCUGACGGACAUCAGGAACGGAAGAUACGCCUUUUAUGAUAUGCAGCGGCAAAGGGAACCCUGGGAGCUCCUCCCUGACGCUCAUGAGGAUGGAGCGUGGGAGGAUACGUCGCUCAUGCACCAGCAUGGGUUCAGCGCUGUUCCGGCAUCGGACAAGGCCGUCGCGGAUCUGCGGGAGACGGCUGUCGGCGAGGGGCAGUGCUCGGUUUGUCUGGAGGCUCUCGACGCGAACAGCGCCGCCAAGCUCAGGAUGAUGCCGUGCUCACAUUCCUUCCACGAGGAUUGCAUCUUUGCCUGGCUCAGGGUUAGCCACGCCUGCCCGCUCUGCCGCUUCGCGCUGCCCACUAGAGAGCAGAAGUAA